GAGGCCACCGCGGUUGCUUGGGCAAGCGCUUCCCGCUGAGUUGGUCAAAUGGCAAGGGUGGGUGACAUAGCCAUGCCGCAGCCACAACGGGCGGAUGGGUCAGCUCGAGGCGGCGCCACCGCGGCGGGCGCGGUGGGAAGCUCAGAGCGGCACGGCGGGCGCGGGUCAGAAGAUGUCCAGUCGGAGCAACAUGCGCUCGUUGAGCGCUCGCAGAGGCUGCAGGCUGCUGCUGCUGCUUUGUCGACGAGAAGGCCACCGCCAAGAAGAACAGCAACGGCAAGGUCGCUCAAGCCGGGCUUCUCGACCAUGACCCUCAAACGGCACGACAACAACAUCGACCAGAUCCGGGCGAUCAUUGCGUCGCUCGAGGAUGCAGUAGCAGAAGGUGGCUCGCCACGAGCGUCGCCGGUCCCGUCAGCCGGUGUGGGUGAGAAGCGGGUGGCCACGGCCGAGCCGCACCGGCCGCGACCGCGAGCCAACCCAUACGCCACCAUCCGGGCCGCGCCCGCAGCUCAGACUGAAGUGUCACGGCCAGUCGUGGGCGGUGAGCCGCCAGUCAUCUCGACGCAGCUCUCGAUGCUCUCGAAGCGAUUCGAGUCGCUCACCAGGCUAGUGGGAACGUCGAACCAGAUCCGCAACUUGCAGCGGACGCUGUCGCGGCUUCGCAACGCAGGCCCUGACGAGAUCGCCACCGCAGCGGCAAGCUUUGACGGCGGAAGCGAUGGUGAAGAAGCCGGGCGUGCUGACCUCGCUGCGCUUCAAGCUUCAAUUUCCGAGCUGGAGGAGACCAAGACAAGACUCGCUGCCGAGCUGAGCGAGGAAGAGAGCAAGCUAGUGGCGGUCAAAGAUCUGCAGGUGCUGUCAACGAGUGGCCAUGCCGCGCCAGGCGUCGACAUGGCGCAACUCGUCGAGGUAUUUGCCACUUUUGAAAACUUGCAGGAGGUGAUGGCUGAGCGCGAAGCCGCCGAGGCCGAGGCUCGCAACGAAAUGGACGAGCUCCGCGCCAAGAUUGCCCGCCUGGAGGACAAGUACAUGGAGGAGUCGUCGGCCAUCCGCGCCCGGCACAGGGCCCAGAUCAGUGAUCUCCGGCAGAAGAACGACGGAUUGACCGAGGCGCUCUCGGCCAAGACGAGCGAGCUUGACGCGAUGUCAACCCAGCUGGCACAGGCGAAGGAGGUUAUUAGCUCGCUGACCGAGACUCGCCGCAUGUUGGAGCGCGACUGCCGAGCCUACCAAAACAAGGUAUCUGUCCUCUCGCAGUACUACCAGGCCCAACUCAAUGGCGCCGCGCUCGACGGCCUCGACGACGUCAGCUCCAAGCUCGAGGCUGCUGAGGCCGGCGUAGCUCUCGAGCACGAGAAGGAGACGCUUCAGCUCAACCUGAAGAUUUUCCGGCUCUCCGAGGAGAACGCCAAGCUCAAGGCUAUCCAAACUCGGCACGAGACGAAGCUGGGUGUCUACGUUGGUCUCAACCAGGCGCUUGACAACACCAUUCUCUCGUACGAGCAUGAGAUCGACGUGCUGCAGGACGCCAAGUCGCAGCUCGAGCACACCGUCGCCUCACUCCGAGACAAAAUCGCCGCCCUCAAGCGAACAAGCGGACCGCGGGCGGAGGUGGCCAAACUGUCGUCAGCGGGCGGCGGUAGCGCUUCGCUUGCACCCGUCAGCGAGGUCGACGUUUCCGAGCUGGCAGGCAAGGCGCGCUCUCUCCGGCGCGCCGCCGCCAAGGCCGAGCUGGCCGUCACGACAGCUGAAAACAAGCUCGCGGCGCUUCUUGCUAUGCAGACCUCGAUAGCCGAGGCGGUGGCUGAGUCGGCGAAUGCCCCCAUCGACGUCGUCACCCACGCCACAGCUGUCCUCGAUGCCCGCGAGGCAGAGCACGCCCAGACUGUGGCGCAGCUCGAGGCACGCAUCCUUAAGCUUGAACAGCGGAGCUGACUCUCCAUCCCCCCCUCCUUCCAGCUGCGGCCACAUUCAGUCAUGGCCAAUUUCAUUGGCAAGGUAAAGAGGCAGCUG